UAAAGCACUUGUAGUAUAAAUUGUAAAGCACUUGACAAACUUAAACUGGCUACUGUCAUCCGACCUGAGUAAAGAGAAAGAGGACUUGUACUGGGCUGACACCAUUAUUGUCCCCUGAAAAUCAGAGACAAAACUUCUAAUCAUGGACCCCCGUACCAGUGCCCAGGACGUAUUGCGAUGUGACCUGUGUGAGACCGCUGUGGUAUAGAUGCACUGUGACACAUGUCUUGUCAACCUGUGUAAGGCCUGUGUGGGAGAGCACAUCUCAACAAAUGAAUCCAAGGAUCACAAAGUCGUCAAAUACCAGGUCAAGAAAUCCACUCCCCUCUACCCUGGAUGUAAAACUCACAUCAAAGAACGAAGUGAAAUGUACUGUAAACAAUGUGACAUUCCUGUUUGCAACACUUGCAUUGCAUCUGAUCAACAUCUUGGUCAUAAAUUCAUAACUAUUUUGCAAAUUCUGGAUGAACAAAAGAACAAAAUAUCCAACGAAAAUACCAAAUUGAAAGAGACAAUUUACCCUAUAUUCCAGGAAAUUGCCUCCGAUGAACAAAACAGAAUGAGUCAGUUAGAAAAGGAAUAUGGAGAUCUCUCAACAGCCAUAACAAAACAUGGAGAGGACUGGCACAGAGAAAUUGACAAACUUGUCCAGAAACUUAAAGCUGAAGUUGAUGAGAUGAAAAUCACACAGUUACAAACUCUACAGAAACAUCUGGAUGAAAUAAACAAAACAAUGUCUGACAUCAAGGAUGAAAUUGAUGCAGUUAAUUCCACUAUAAACUCUAAUGACUUGUCAAAACUCUUCGGCGUUAAAUUCAAUGUAGAUAGAUACAAAAAGCUUCCACAAAAAAUUGUGUCAUCUAUACCUAAAUUCAUGCCAGGAAAAAUUCAAGAAAAAGAAUUUCAUGACAUGUUUGGAGAUUUAACGCUAAGUUCCCUCACUUCAGAUGAACAUUAUUACAGUAUGAAGUUUUCACCCCCAGAACCAGAGACUGUCACCACCAUAGACACUGGGUAUGAAGACCUUUACAAUGUUGCCUGUCUGAGUGAUGAAGAAAUCUGGACAAGUGGAGGUGACAGCACCAUGAAACUCUACAGUAUCAAUCAGGGAUCACUACUCAAGUCAAUCAGAACCAAGUCAAGGGAAUGGCCAACUGACAUAACAGUGACAAAAAGUGGAGACCUAGUUUAUACUGAUUCCAAUGAUGGAACCGUGAACAUUGUGAAGAAUAAGAAGAUAAAGGAGGUGAUCAGACUACAGAACUGGAGACCUAAAGGUGUCUGUAGUACCUCCUCUGGUGACCUGCUGGUUAUCAUGGACAGUUAUGAUGACGAACAAACAAAAGUUGUCCGUUACUCUGGCUUCACAGAGAAACAAACCAUUCAAUUUGAUGAUCAAGGUAACCCUCUCUAUUCAUUUGGUUUUUAUGACAGAUAUAUAACUGAGAACAGGAACCUGGAUAUCUGUAAGUCUGAUGAGGGAGCUAGAGCAGUAGUGGUGGUCAAUCAGGCCGGGAAACUGAGAUUCAGGUACACUGGACAUACCCCUGCUCCAAAGAACAAACUAUUCUAUCCUCGAGGAAUCACCACAGACAGUCAGAGCCACAUUCUUACCGCUGAUGAUUACAAUGAAUGUGUCCACAUCAUAGACCAGGAUGGACAGUUCCUCCGUUACAUAGACUGUGGACUGAGUGAACCCUGGGGACUGUGUACAGAUACAAAUGACAAUCUGCUCGUUGCUCAAGUUGAGAUAAAACAAGUGAAGAAAGUCAAAUAUCUACACUGAUGCUAUUGUACUGCAUAGCAUGAUAUAAUGUAGCAUUUUAACUACGUUCGAUGCUAAUAUUUAAAGUCAUAAACUUUUUUUGCCAAUAUAUAGUUUUAGUUUCUAUAUACAUGGGUUAAUUAAAAUCAAAUUAAAAAAUAGGGGUCGAUACACUUCUUUUGGCGCUACAGUACAUUUGAUAUGACCUUUUUGCACUGAAAUUUGUGUCUUAAUUAAAAAUUAAAUUUUUGACGUUUUCCCUCCAAUAUUUUUAUCCAAUUAAAGCAUGAAACAAAAUGAACUCAAAGUUUGUUUAAAAUAAAACACUUAAAAAUUGUGACUAAGAAAUGUUUCAAAUUGCUUCGAAUAAUCCAUUAUUUGACCUCUUUGCACUAAUAUAAAUUAAUUUUCGAGCAUUGAAAAUUUAAUAAGCAAGAAAAUUAUUUUAAAGUCUUAACCUUUUUCUGAUUUUAAGCAAAUAGAUCAAAUUUAUCUUGAAUAUAUAGAAAAAGACAUCAAAAGUGGAGGUAUAUAAUGUAAAUUUUUAGAUAUUACUAACAAAGUGUCAAUUUUACGUUUAAAAUUGGUUCAAUUUUUUCCCGGGUUUUCAGAAUAUAUUUACUAGAUUUGUCAGAUUUGGUAGAAUUCAUUAGAAAUAAUUUAAAUGACAUUUCAGAACCAGCAUAAAACAUUUCACUGCAAAAACAGCUUUGUGUGCAACCAGGAUUGAGAAAUAGGAAUCCAAAAUUAACAGUACUGUGAUAUAGUUCAAAAUAGAAAAACUGAUCAUUUUCGUCUAAAAAACUUUCCGCCACAAAAUAAAGUCCCGAGCUAAAUUCUACUUGAAUGGAAUUUAAUCGCGGUAUUUUCAUUGAAUAUAGUUAAAUUUGCACUGUAGAAUUUAAAUUUAAUGUUAGAACUUUAAAAUGAUGCAUAAUUUUAUAAAUAAAGGACCUGACCAAAAUACGCUCAAAAUCUUAAGAUCGAACGUCCUUAAGGAUACUUCAGACAAGUCAGUGCAUUUACUAAAGAUUGGGUUUACAUAUACACGUAGUCAUAUUCCUUGUUUUGUCAAAGAUGAAUUUCAAAUGAUGAAUGUUUCAGCAUGUGUUUAAUAUCAAUGUAACAUGUUUGAUAUUAAUAUAAGAUAUUUUUUCAUAAACUGUAUCUUAAAGUUAUCUUCUCUGAUUAGGCAUCACUCAAUUCUGCCGAUAUAUAGUUUUAGGGAAGUCCAGGAAUGCUACAAAUAUGUGUGUGCUAAAUCAUUUGAGGUAACCUUUCCACAAAACCUCUCCUGAAGAUUGAAACCAACCCUAGAAGAAGAAAUAACAAUGCUUCAACACUGUUUAAUGAACAUAAUAAAAUCAUCAACAAUA